AUGGCGACUGUCGAGAAAACCGAGCGAGAGCUGAACGACGCCAAGGUGCAGUUGGAGAAGGCAGAGAAGGCUUUGGAGGAAUUCGUGAAGGGGGGAGAUGGACAGUGGCUGGAGGUGCUGAAAGGGAGGUUACGAGGAGAAGGAGGAACUGCUGCGCAGCGGGAAGAGUGGAAGGCGGAGAAGAACGAACUUGCGGAGGAGAAAAAGCGUCUGGAGGCGGAAGUCACGAGGUGGAGUGUGGAAGUCACGGAGUGGGGAGCGAAGCUUCGCGAACUGGAUACUCGGCCAG